CUGGUCGUCAUGGCUGCUGGGAAGGGUGCUCUGCAGAGGUCUUCGGCUGAAAACACAUGGAGGCUUAGUGAAGCUGACCAGGGCUGGAGCUGCAAGCCAGUGCUGCUGGAAAAAAUGAACAACCUGGGCUCUGAGGCUGCCAUGGGUGGUGGUGGCCGGGAGGAGACUUCUGCUGAGGUGGCACUGUCAGCAACCCCAGGAAAACUCAGACUGGGAAAGCCAAUGGCCCAGAAGGUGUGCUGGGAACAGGGGCAGAGUGCUUUCACAGAGGUGCCUCGACUCAAGAAGAGGCUGGAGGGUGUGCAGGCCAAGGAGAGGGAGCAUGAUAACCCCACAGGCCAGCCUGGUGCCCAGAAGCUGACCCAGGAUACCCCCAGGGACCUGGCUGACAGCAAGACCUCUGUGUGGCCCAGUGGAGCCCGAGGGGAGCAGAAAAGCGCCUUCAGCAAACCAGCCAGGUGUCCAGCAGGGAGACCUGGGCCAACCUCCGUCUUCCAGGCACGUGGACCUGCAGAUGCCCUUGGGGAGCUGUUGGGACUCAGCAACACGGUAGACGUCCCUUGUUGGGAUCAGCUUUCGAAUUCUAAGUUUUUGGUGGGUGAUUUCUGGAACCUGCAGACGUUGCCACAAAAUGCUCCUCUCUGCAGUGCUUUCCUGGGGGCCCCCACACUGUGGCUAAAGCAUGCCACAGCCCAGAUGUCCACACCAUCAUCAUCCUCUUCCACUGCCACUUGGGCCCUGCUGCCACCUACAUUCACCUCCCUGGGCCUGUCCACCCAGAACUGGUGUGCAAAAUGCAACCUCUCCUUUCGCCUGACCUCCGACCUGGUCUUCCACAUGCGGUCCCACCACAAAAAGGAACAUGUGGGGCCUGACUUACAUUCUAAGAAGCUGAGAGAAGAGGCCCUCACGUGUCCCAUUUGCCAUGAGUAUUUCCGGGAGCGCCACCAUCUCUCCAGGCACAUGACUUCUCAUAGUUAG